AUGAGUUCAGUGGAAGACUCAGCCUCGCCACAGGGCGCCGCCUCCUGGCCGCACCUCGCCCACAAUGGUGUCCCCAACAACAACUUAGUGACUCCUGAGCCUGAAGACGGCCGCCGCGCCUCCUGGAGUGGGAGUCAGCAGGACAUGGCUCCUGAGAGUCAGUCUGACUCAUUUUCUGCCAGAAGGUCACUGACAGAGAUAUUCUGCUCAUUAGGAAAGGGUGGAAGAUAUGCCCGACGUCAGAAAGCUAUGGCGUCCAGAAAAACGCCUCACCGGAUGGAGGGAGGCGCCAGGAUAGAGGACACAUCCAGACCCAGUAGUCAGUUUUACGUCGACCUUCCCAAAGACGGCAUCGUCGACAGUCGGCUCCCGGGGCACCAGGCUGCUCCGCGCUCCAAGUCGUGUGGAGAGACGCCACAGGCGCCCCCCGAACCAGUACAGGAACAACAACAACAACAACAACAGAAGCAGCAGCAGCAGCUUCUGACUCCCCAACACUCUCCCUGGCGACCGCCCCUUGUCCGAGGCUCCGGCACCCCUGUUCGCGGGGUAUUGGUGCUGCCCGAGGCGGCCCGGGAGUGUUCGGCUUACCGCGUCAGGGCGCGGCUGUUCUCUGGUGACUCUGGAGAACCUAGUCCGCCUGCGAGGCUCGAAGACACCAUGGGCGCGGCACCGUACACGGCAGUGUUGGAGGAACCGAAGGAGACGGUGGCGGCGUUUGUGGUGCAGCAGUACGGCAGCAUGCUGGCCGAGCUGACGCAGCGUUACGGCAGGCAGCUCCCCGCGCCGGGCUUGAACACUAACUCGGGCCACCACGAUUACUCGGACUCUGGGGAUGACGAGGAAGAGGAGGAGGAGGUGGAGGAGGCCCAAGAGGCUAAGGAGAAGGAGGAGGAGGAGGAGGAGGCCAGAGACAGUCCGGUGUCUGAAAGGGUUGAGGGGGACCCGCCAGACGUGCCUGCCAGUGACUCUAACACCAGCAGCAUGAGCCCCAAAGUGUUGUGUGAGACUAACCAACUGACCUCUAAUGCUGCUGACCUCACCCCUGCCCCGAGCCCUGAGCUAACCUCGCAGGAGAAGCGAGACAGAAAGAUCUUCCUCAUCGCGCAGGAGGUGAUGACGUCUGAGCGAGUGUUUGUGGAUGUGUUGCGUCUCCUGAACGUUGACUUUCGUAAAUUCGUGUGUGAGUGGCGUGAGGGGGGCGAGGAGCAGCAGGGGGGUGGGGGUCACGGGCAGCAGGACGCCCACCACGCCCCUGUCCUGCCCUCCUACGAACUCGACAAGGUCCUCAACUACUUGCCGCAAUUGCAGAACCUGAAUGAGGAGAUCCUGAGUGACCUGGAAGUACGCAUCGCAGACUGGGACAAACGGAGGAAGAUUUCUGACGUCAUCGUGCGCAAGGGGCCCUUCCUCAAGCUCUAUUCGGCCUACAUACGCGAGUUCCAAUGCCAGAGUGACCACCUCGACCACUGCUGCCAGACUUACCCGGCCUUUGCAAGCGCUCUCAAGGCCUUCGAGUUGUCAGAUCGAUGCACGAAGCUCAACCUGAAACACUACAUGCUCAAACCCGUCCAGCGCAUCCCUCAGUACCGUCUGCUGCUGGAGGAGUACCUGAAGUUCCUCCCGGAGAACAGCCCGGACUACGUGGACACCCAGACCGCCCUCGCCAUCGUCGCCAACGUCGCCGCCCACGCCAACGACACCAUGAAGCAGGGGACGAAUUUCAUGAAGUUGUUGGCGCUGCAAGAUCGACUAAGCAGCGGCGGCGGCGGUGGGGGCGGCGAGCACGAAGGGGGCGGCGGCGGCGGUAGUGGGAGCGGCAGAAGUUCCCGCUACGAGCUGCUGCGCCCCGGCCGUUACCUGCUCAAGGAAGGGGAACUGCUCAAGCUAUGCAGAAGGGAGAUGCAGCCGCGGUACUUUAUUUUGCUGUCGGACGUCCUGCUGUACACCAGUUUCGCCACCAGCAGCCCCGGCGGCGCGCUCAGACUCAACUACGAGCUACCGCUGGAGGGCAUGAGAGUGGAAACGCCGCGGGCCGAGGACUUCAAGAACGAAUUCAGCGUCAUCUCCACGUCACGCUCCUUCACGCUCCAGGCGAGUUCAGCCGAGGAGCGGGACGAGUGGCUGAGGGCACUGCGGGAAGCCAUCACCGACAACGCCUCCCGCCGCUCCUCCUUCCUGCAAGCCAAGCUGCCAGAGGUUCUCCCCCCUUCCUCCUCCACCCUCGGCAAGCAGGCGCCAGUGUGGAUCCCAGACUACCGGGUGACCAUGUGCCAGCAGUGCACCUCCACCUUCAAACUCACCUUCAGGCGACACCACUGCCGUGCCUGUGGUAAGGUGGUAUGCGACCCAUGCUCUUCCAAUCGGGCACCUCUGCAGUACAAGAAGAACCAGGUAGCCAGGGUGUGUGAUGCCUGCUUUGAGGUGCUCCAACAGGACUUCGAAGUGAAAACCAAGGGCAUUAACCAGAAGGAGAACCAGCAGCAGCAGCAACAGCAGAAUCAACUGCAGGAGGGGGACGGACACAGGGAAAGGCAGGUGGAUAACUUGAAGGCCCAGUUCCGGCGAGGCAUCAAAGAGAACAACAAAUCCCGCAACAAAAAGAAGGUCCCAGAGAGGUUGAUGGAGGUGAGUGCUAGUGACGCCUCAGCCCAGAUGAGUGGGUACCUGCGCAUGCUUGUGCGGCGGUCAUGGCGGCGCGGCUGGUUUGUACUCAAGGACCGCGUGCUCUACGAGUACCGGGCGCCCCAGGACGUGUUGGCCCUCUACAGCCUCCCGGUGCUUGGGUACCAGGUGGACCCCAUCAACAAGGACCGGGAGGUGUCGGAUCUGGACGACUGCCUGGCAUUCCAGCUCACCCAUCCCAACCAACCACCUCUUGUCUUCCAGACUGACUCUCCAUAUAUGGCUGAGAAGUGGAUACAGGCCAUGAAGGAAGCAGUGGUGCUGAGCUGAAAGGGUCUUUGAGCUGGGCAGCAACAGUGUGCCCCAGAACAUCUGCUUUAAGUUGAUGGUUGUUUUACCAUUGUACCUGAUGAGUGAGGCAGCUGUCACAACCUUUAGGGAGGGACCUGAUGCAAGUCUGAGCAGUGAUCAUGCUUGACGGACUGGCAUUCACUCUGCGUACCCCACUCAGGAAGAACCAAAGGAACACAAUCUGAGGGUUCAUGCAAAGAUCUGAAUGAUUCAUUUGAGCAUGUUUGUUGAUGGAGAAGAGCGGCAGCAGUGUCUUCAUGCAAGUUCUAUGAAACCUGAUCAAAAUGUCAUAAGUAACUACUUUGUGGUCCAUCAGUCUCUGGUUGAAACAAUUGUUUCGUUGAGUGAGAUUUAGUGCAAGGAUUUAGGCACAUUUUCCACAAUGUUAUGGAAUAUAAUUUACAUUGAGAUUCUCUUAACUGGUAAAAUUCAAACAGUCUGGUUAAUAUUUAUUUACAGGAGCUCAGUAAAAUAACCUUGCCAAGGAUAUCUUUUACGUCUUUCCAAGUCUGUGAUGCGAUUUCUUGUUCUCUGUAGAAGUAAUGUUCUAUAAUGUUCUAUAUUUAUAAACAGUAAGGGUGAAGAAUGUACAUAUCUAUGUAUAUAUAUAUACUACUAUGAUUAUUACAGUUUAUAUAAGACUGACCUACAGGACUGUUAAAUUGAUAGUACAUAUUUGAGAUCAACUCUUUGUUGCUGUCCCUGAAUUGGGACAGUUUUCUUCCCAGCUAGGGAGUGAGUCAUGUGGCAAUAAAACUGUGAUAUUGCCGACACUUCCUAGUGAUCCUUAUUACUUGUAAUGAAAUAUUGCAGCGUUGCUUUACACUCUUACUUGUGUUGAGACUGGUCAUUGUUAACCAUUGUGAGAAUUGCUAGUACAAUCAUUUUUACUCAUGUCUGGCAUAUGAUGUGUACAGUAAAUUUGAUACAAACAUAAUUUCCAUCCUUUCUUUGUCUCGAGAUUGGUUUUCAGGCGUUGAACUAUCCUACUCACGAUUCCAUUCAUAAUUCUUUUUUUACCUGCUUCAUUGUAUAUGUACUUUACUUUCUGUCUUUUAUACACAAUAUCAAGCCUUUCAUAGGUCAGUCAGUGGCAUGGAUAUGGACGUUAGAUAACUUAUUUAUUUUCAUUCCCAUCCUACUAGUGCCUUGAGAGCUAUCACCAGAAUGGCUUCUCAUGUACAGUGUUUGUACCAGCUGUCUUGUCUAGUCAUAUACUCAAUAAAACUGUUCUCUAAACUUUAUAUAA